GUUAGUCACUGCACCCAGGUGUCUGACUCCAGCUCGAUUAAGAGACAGUGCAGCUCUUUUGGGGCCAGGUUUCCUCUCCCAUUCAGCAGACCCUGUCGCACGUAUGCUCUUACCCAUUUUCUCUGUAAGAUCUGUGCCCAGUGGGACAGUGGAAGAAGGGACCAGAAACAGGAAGGGAAGAAACUCUAACAUCUACUUGUUCUAGAGACCAAGCAGCUGCGUCUCCUCCCCCUUCAGGUGCUGCUAGAAGGCAGGGGUAGCCUCUGGAUGUCAGCUCUGUGUCUGUUGUCACUCAGUGUCCCUUAGACUCUGCACCCAAACUGAAUCCACUGUGGCAGGUGUAGCAAGCCCCCAUUUUGCUAACAUGGGGUCUCUAGGCGUCAAAUGUGCCCUUGGUUCCUGCUUCUACCUUUUCUUCUUUGGUCUGGAUGGAGAGUAGCUAUGCGCUAAGAGGGUGCUGUGCCCCAAGAGCAGCACUGCCUAACCCCACCCCACCCCCAGCUCCUGGCAUCACAGCUACCAGAGCUGCAGUCUCAGCUUACAUGGCGGGGAGGGGGCAGGGGCAGGCAGUCUCCAUCUCUUAUGUGACUGUGGCCGUGAGGGCGUUUUGCCUUCCAUCUAUGCCCUUCAUAGAUGGAACUGGAAGUCCUCGUUAUCUAACUGGGGCAUUCUAGAGGUUGGAAAAAGAUGAACCGGCCCCAUUCCUACCUCUCCUUUUGCUGGAUGUAUUUCGCUGCUUCUGGACUCCGAGCUGUAGAAGCAGCAGAUGGAAAAUAUGCUCAGAAACUGUUUAAUGAUCUUUUUGAAGAUUACUCCAAUGCGCUGCGUCCAGUAGAAGAUACGGACACGGUCCUGAAUGUCACACUGCAGAUCACGCUUUCUCAGAUCAAGGAUAUGGACGAGAGAAAUCAGAUUCUGACCGCCUAUCUGUGGAUCCGCCAAACAUGGCAUGAUGCAUACCUCACAUGGGAUCGAGAUCAGUAUGAUGGGCUAGACUCCAUCAGGAUCCCCAGUGACCUUGUGUGGAGACCGGACAUUGUCUUGUACAACAAGGCUGACGAUGAGUCUUCAGAACCCGUGAACACCAAUGUGGUCCUGCGGUACGAUGGCCUCAUCACCUGGGAUUCACCAGCCAUCACCAAAAGCUCCUGCGUGGUCGAUGUCACCUACUUCCCCUUUGACAGCCAGCAGUGUAACCUGACCUUUGGUUCCUGGACCUACAACGGCAACCAGGUGGACAUAUUCAAUGCCCUGGACAGCGGUGACCUCUCUGACUUCAUUGAGGAUGUGGAAUGGGAGGUCCACGGCAUGCCUGCUGUGAAGAACGUCAUCUCCUAUGGCUGCUGCUCAGAGCCGUACCCAGACGUGACCUUCACCCUGCUCCUGAAGAGGAGGUCCUCCUUCUACAUCGUCAACCUCCUCAUCCCCUGUGUCCUCAUCUCAUUCCUCGCUCCCUUGAGCUUUUAUCUCCCAGCAGCCUCGGGGGAGAAGGUGUCCCUGGGAGUGACCAUCCUCUUGGCCAUGACUGUGUUUCAGCUAAUGGUGGCAGAGAUCAUGCCAGCCUCAGAAAACGUGCCUCUGAUAGGUAAAUACUACAUUGCCACCAUGGCCCUGAUCACGGCCUCCACGGCCCUUACCAUCAUGGUGAUGAACAUCCACUUCUGCGGGGCGGAGGCCCGGCCAGUGCCACGUUGGGCCAAGGUGGUCAUCCUGAAACACAUGUCCAGGAUCCUGUUUGUCUAUGAUGUGGGUGAGAGCUGCCUCAGCCCCCACCACAGCCAGGAGGCAGAACCACUCGCAAAGGUGUACAGCACACUCCCAGGGGCCAGCCUGCAAACAUCCGGAAACAAAGACCUUUCCAGAAAGAAGGAAAUGAACAAACUCUUAAAGAACGACCUGGGGUGCCAGGGCGGGAGCCCCCAGAAUACGGACGGUUCCUGUGCACGUUAUGAGGUGCUGACUAGAAACAUUGAGUACAUCGCCAAGUGCCUCAGAGAUCACAAAGCCACCAACUCCAAGGGCAGUGAGUGGAAGAAAGUCGCCAAAGUCAUAGACCGGUUUUUCAUGUGGGUUUUUUUUGUUAUGGUGUUUGUCAUGACCAUUUUAAUCAUAGCAAGGGCAGAUUAGCAGAAAAGAGAAGGAGUGGGCUGGUGGGCAUUGGAUAUUUGCGGGAAAAAAAUCGGUAAAAUGCCCCUGUGACCUGUUCCAAUGUUUGAGUCCGGUUGCUGUUCACAUACAACUUAGGAGAUAUGUUGUGUGUGCUUUUAUUUUUAACUUCAAUCAAUAGCAUAGUUUUGUGUCAGGUUAAAUUAGGCAGGAGAUCCAAACUGUCCAGGGGAAGGGGAUGAAGGAAGUGAAGAUGGACCCUUUUCAUAGCCUCCCAUAAUAGUGAGUGGCAGGCCUCAAAUUUACAUAAUUCUCUAUCUCUUUAUCAACAAAACAGUAUAUUUAUGCAUAAAAUUUAAAGCAAAAAAAGGCAAAAACAUGUUAAUUUUCUCCUAGUCUUUAAAAAAAGAUUUUUUUUUUUGCAAAAAGAAAAGAUUCAUGUAAAUUCAGUCUCAUAGAUGCCUUGGGGUACCUUAUUCGGAUGGGGUGUAUUAUAACCCGGGUCUCAAAUGGCAAAUUAAAGAUUUUGUCCUGGCUAGCUUAUAGUGACUAUACCACACCUGUAAUCCUAGCACUGGAGAGGCAGAGGCAGGGGGACCACCACAAGUGUAAGGCCAGCCUAGUCUAUGAUGCUCUAUAAUAAGAUCCUAUCUAAAAUAGAUAGAUAAAUAAAACAAACACAGCAAUAACAACAGCAAGGUUUUUGUCUCACCAAAAGUCUAGUGUCAGAUAUUAAAGGGAAAGAGUUUUAUUCAUAAUAGUGAUGCCAUGAGUGUUUGCUAUUUUGUACCCUAAAGAUAAGGCCUUUGCUAUAUCAAGUCUUUAAUUAAAAUAAGAUAGAUGAGGUUGUGCUUGUAUUAAGUCUUUGAUAAAACUAAGGAAUCAGCAGUUUGAGCUUCCUCAUUAAUUCACUUCCUUAAGCACAGUCUGUCCGCAUCCCUCCCAUCCCCCACCCCACCUCCUGCACAUAAUAAAGGUAUGACUUACAUUUGCAUGGGUGUCAAAGCAAAGAUGUGCAAUUCCUUGGCCAGUUCUGUUGGUGACAAUCUUAUGACCUAGGCAGGUAGGCGUUGGCUCUUCCUUCUCAGGAGAAGAAGCUGGGGUGGGGGUUUAGGAAGGCCAUUGUUAGUGUUUGCCCAUCUGAAUGACACCCGACCUAAAGUUCCACUCUCAAUACUACGGGUUCAAGUUGGACCAUGCCUGCUAAGGUUGUGACAGAUUGUAGAGAAAUAAGAGAGUGAAAUAUUCUUAUUCUUUGAUUUUUUUAUUUGUUUAGUUUUCGUUUAAUGUUUCUGGGACAGGGUCCUGUGUAAUCCAAGCUAGUCUCAAACUUACUUUGUAGUCAGUGUUGACUGUGAACACUGCCUCCACCUCAUAAGUGCUAAGAUUGUAGGUGUGUGCCACCAGGCCUAGUUUCUCAUUCUUAAUUCUAGACUUUCUGCUUUAUUUCACUUUCCUUAAAAACAAUAAACAAAACAAAACUACUUUUAAAACUUCUGCUUUAAAAACAAAAACCAAAAAGUCCACAAAAAAACCCAACCAACCAACCAAACAAACAAAAACCUCAGUCUUGGCAACAAGCAUCUUUACCUACUGAGCCAUCACACUGGCCCCCCAGUUUACUUUCUAUGGAUCUCAGCUGCUUCUCUACUUUUAAUCAAAUGUGUCUUCAAACAUGGCCAUGCCCUAUUCCUCAGAAUCUGCCAACGUAUUAAGUUACCUGGCAAUAGGGAAUCGCGACCACUAAUUGAACAGCCCCAGAACAGACUUUUCUUGGGCUAUCCAGAUGGGCCCAGUAUAAUCAUAGGAUUCUUGUAAAUGGAAGAGGAGGCAAAAGAGGAAGAACCAAGGUGAUGGCAUCUAAGAAGGGCUCAGGCAAGGCCACACAUCUUGAGAACUGGGAACUCUGGGCCUACAAUGUCCAGCAUCUACUAGCUUGAAAAGCCAUAGGCACAGGUUGUCUGACCUGUUGAGCGUUGGCGUAAGCACACCAAGGCCACUUCACUCUUCAGCCCCUCCACAGCUCUAAGGUGAGCAGACAUAUAUGUUUGUGGCAAUUUAGUAAGGUAGGUACAGAAAACCAAUGCCCUAGCCAGCAUGAGCUACCUAUGUUCUGUGCUUUAGAGAUGUUCAAAUGGGUUUUCUCAAGGUUCAUUUGUUAGUGUCUUGGCUUCCAGGGUGGUGAUAUUGGGAGUCGAUGGGACCUUUAUAAGAGGGGACCUAGCGGGAGGUUCUUAAGUCAGUUGAGGGCAAUACCGUGAAAGGAAUUGUGGGGCCUCUGUCUCUUCAGCCUCCUGUUUGGAGAUGUGUUUUCUUGGUGGCCCACAUGCUCUCUCCACUGCAUCUGCCAUGAGGUGAUGUAGCCAGAGGGACCCUCACCAGAACCUGGGAUGUGAGGA